AUGGCUGACCCACGGCUGACUCGCAUCGAAGGCACCUUGACCUCAUUGUUCGAAAGUCUGGUCCCUGCCCCGAAUAUCGAUCAGGAUGACACCGAGACGGAAUUUCGCAUCGAUCGUGCGAUCCAGAAUGCAAAGGAUAUCGUCCUCAAUGCCGACAGUAGAUUACCCUCGGACACGAAUCAGGCGCAGGACUUGAUCAAGAGAAAGUUGUUAAGAGAGAAUGCGUCGCCCGAGAAGGCCGCGCGGUUCAGCAAUCUAUACUCGAGGCUACUAGCCAUACCGGUCUUGAACCAGAAGUGGGCUAUUCUUUAUCUUCUCUACAAAUUGUCUGAUGCUUCCAUGCUGGAUGCACGCCCACGAGAUCCUCUCGCAGACUCGGCGCACUUUGUCAACAUCCCCCGACGCCAUACGUUAUCUUCUGCGAAGCCAUACCAGGCGGACGAGCAGACAUAUGAUGAUGAUGAUGACGGCGUGUCGGAAGAACUGCCCUUCGAAAGAGGGCGAACAAUACCACCCAAGGCAAAGGCCAACGUCAAAGUCGAGAAGAACUUGCCCGCCGAAGAGGAGCAAUCGGUAGAAGAGGAAGAGGAGGCAAAGCCUGUACAGCCACAGAAGGAGCGCAUUAUCUCUCCAUCAGAGCCGGAAUUAUUACGAGAUCUGCCGUUCAAUCUCCAAGGAGUGUCGUCGACACACGUUGAGUUCACAGGUGUGACUUCUCUAAAACUACCUACAACACUUCCAGUCCCGAUGAUAUCUUUACUCCAUGCUCUUGCAGAACCGUGCUUGCUCUAUCGAGGCUUGGCGGAAUAUUCCAAUGGUCAAGAAGGAGGACUCAUCGACCAGAGUCUCCGGUCUGCCAUCAACAAUGAAUUACGCUCAUACUUGAGUCUGGUCGCGUCUCUUGAAUCCGAGAUUAGACAGGCUCUUGCCGCUCUCAGCCAGUCUGAAGAUCCGCAGUCGAUCAGAGUCACCAGCGUAACACUGAAACGAUGCAUGAUCUGGACCAGAGAUGCCACCAUGGGCUUACGACUGAUGAAGCUUAUCGUCGAGGAAUCUCAACAGAAGAGAGGGGGCCAACUGCUGUCUCUCAUCCACAGUCUGUCCUCUUCCCACGGCGAUCCUUUUGUUGCAUCGUUUGCCGAGAGACUCUUGGCUCAUGUUGCUCGUCCCUUUUACGAAAUGCUCAGACACUGGAUCUAUGACGGUGAACUGAUUGACCCCUAUCAUGAAUUCUUCAUCACAGCGCCCGAUCCGAACACAUCCGCUGCGGUAGACCACCGGCAUGUGGCAACAUCUGUCUGGGAAGAGAAAUACAAACUUGAUACAGCGAUGGUACCCUCGAUAAUAUCUUCUGAAUUCUCAAGGAAGGUGUUCCUAAUUGGGAAGUCUCUCAAUUUCAUUCGCCAUAAUUGUGGCGACUCCGACUGGGUCGUACAGUACUCGAAGUCAAAUUCCAAGUCUCUGGACUAUGCCAAUACAGCCAACCUCUCGAUGUCCAUCGAUGUGGCGUAUAGGACAACCAUGUCUCGCUUGACACACUUGAUGGCAACCAAGUUUGGGCUUUUCACCCAUUUGAUUGCGAUCAAGAAGUACAUGUUGUUAGCUCAGGGUGACUUUAUUGACUUGCUUAUUGAAUCACUGGCACAACAUCUUGAUCGUCCUGUGAAUUCCAUGUAUAGGCACAAUCUCACCUCCCAACUCGAACACGCUAUCCGACAUUCGAACGCUCAAUACGACGAUCCUGAAGUUUUACGCAGGCUCGAUGCUCGCAUGCUGGAGUUGUCAAGCGGCGAGAUUGGGUGGGACUGUUUUACCCUCGAAUACAAGAUCAGCGCUCCUUGCGAUGUUGUCAUCACCCAGUGGGCAAAUACACAAUACUUGAAGAUUUUCAACCUGCUAUGGAGGAUAAAGAGAGUCGAGUUUUCGCUGAAUUCAACGUGUAAACGUUGCAUGACCGGGGAUCGAGGGGUCCUUGCCGCCGUCAGCGACAAACUAGGUCGAGAUUGGAAACGUUCCAGGUGUGUGGUGGCCGAGAUGGUCCACUUCAUCAACCAGUUAUUAUAUUACCUCCUGUUCGAGGUCAUUGAAGCUAGCUGGAAACAGCUCGAGGAAGCUGUACACAAGCCAGAUGCCACACUCGACGAUCUUAUUGAAGCCCAUACCAGCUACCUCAACAACAUCACCAAAAAGGGGCUUAUCGGCCAACAAAGACAUCCAAUCACGGGUCAACAAGAAGAUAGUCUAGUGGUGCAGGUGCACCAUAUAUUGAAGUGCAUGCUGAGCUACCGUGAAGUAAUUGACGCGCUGUACUCGUAUAGUGUUGCAGAGUACACGAGGCGCCAACAAUUCAGCGCAAAGGUCGAGCAGCGAACGGCUCAGGGUCGAUGGGGAAUCACGGAGAAAGACCUCAUCAGUGAUAGCCGGUCGAGUACACCUACUUCCCUAGCACCCUCGAAACCAGGCAGGAGAGCGCAGUUGGUCCCAGAGGAAGGCGACUCUCCGCUCGUUGCACCAAUUGGCAAUGUGGCUAUGGGCGACGAUGAAACGCAACUGAAUUCGUUGCGAGCGAGGCAGUUGAAUCUCUCAGCCGAGUUCAGGUCACGGUUGAGCAUGUUGCUGUACGACUUGGCACAUCAACCAGACGUGGAUCUCCGGUUCUUGGGGGUGGUGAUGAACUUCAACGAAGUGUAUCAGCCGGUGAAUGUGCGGAGACAACACGCACGGCGUGCUCGAGAGAAGCGUGAGCUUGAGAGGAAGGCUCGCGGGGCCGCCAUGGCUUCUGAAGCCAACACUUCCAUGGAGAAGGAUAUGAAUAGCAGCUCUACUAGACCUUGAUGUGAUGUGACAUGAUACAAGAUGUUUGAACACAGCAAGCACUUUACUAUAAUACCCGGUCCCUUUUUGAUGACCAUUUCACGAGACAUUUGGCACGCAAAGAUUCCAAAUGAGAUGACUACCUCCCUCUCUUCGCAAUGUAUUUUGGAAAUUCGACUGUGACUGGCACUUUGUUCGAUAUAACAGCCAUGUUGCUAGCAG